AUGGGGCUCCCUAUAGGGAUGUGGCUCUGGCUCUGGGCCGCACAGGUCUCUUCGGAGAAAUCGGAGCCCGCCUGCCUGCCCGUGGCAGGAGAGGACUGCUAUCGGCUGCUCCGAUGGCCACAACCCGCCUUGGGUGCAGUGAUUUUGUGCGGACGAUCCCACGGCCGGCUCCUCCACACGUGGAACCAGCAGAUCCAGGACGCCCUGCGCGACCGCCUGGACGACAGGAGCAAAACCUGGAUCGGGGCUGCAGCAAAGGCGCUCCCAGAAGUGAGCCACCCUGGCAAAGGUGAGAGCGGGGCGGGGGCGCAGAGGCCCAACAGCAGCACCGCAGAAGAGGGGCAGCAGCAGCCAAUUCCAGUAUACUCUCCCGGGAUGUGUGUUAUUCCCCACUCAGCAUCUCUGACUCGCCCAGACGCCAAACCCCUCAGGAGAACGACCUGCCAGCAUUUGACGUGCGGCCCGACGGAGGCGACGCCCAUCCUCACCGAAGAGCCGACGGCGACUGCUCCUCUGAGCGCCCAGCCCUCCGCCGCGACUCCUCCGCCGCCCAGUGCUCCUCCAGGAAGCAGCACAGUUCGCCAGCCGACCACCGCUGACAUCCAGUCAUUCCUUGGGACCAGGCCAGAACUCGGCACUCCCCGCCAUCCGCCGAGCAGCCCCAAGUCGGCAUCCAGCACCUGGCCAGCCAGCAACAGCAGCCAGACUCACCCCAACUCUCAGACCUCAGCCCCAGAGCCCAGCACUCAGCCGCUGCCCACCAGCAAAACCACCUCGGGGAGUACCAAAAGCCACAAGUCCAACACCAGCCCGGACUCCUUCACCUUCAGCCCUAGAGACUUCCCCCCUGAGGACCAGGGGAAGGCCCUAGAGAAGGUGCUGCACCAGUUCAACCAGGCUGUGCAGACCCCAGACCACCCUAUGGCACUGGAGCAGGCAGCCCGGAUGCUGGAGAAUUUGACAAAUUUCCAUGCUCUGCUCUCAGACGAUGCCCAGGCCUCUGCCAGCCAGGCACUCCUCUCCCUGAGCUCUCAGCUACUGAGGGACCACCCUGCCAGCAAUGCCUCCUGCCUAGACCUCGCAUCACAGGCUCUUUUCCAGGCCCUCAGCAACCUCCUCCAAGCCUCAGGCAGCCAAACACCCAGCUUCGGCCCGCAACAGGAACCAAAGGUCCUGGAAACAGCACUGGAAGCCCUUCCUCUGAUCCAGACGGGGCUCCUGUUGGGAAGCUCCACCAUGGAGGAAUCCACAGUAACUGUGGUGUCUCCUGUGCUCAGCACCACCCUCAGCAGGUGUGACAAAGCCUCCCUGUCCCAUGCCUCCUUCCACCUGCUUCAGCCAAGGGGCCUGAACGUAACCUUCCCAUCCAGCUCUGCUCUGGAGCCAGUUCUGAGCCAGCACCCUCAAGUACAAGUCCAGGUAGCCUCCUUUGCAUUCAACCCUUUCCAGCACCUGGAUGGGAAGCCAAUCAAAAGGAUGGCAAGUAUCGCUCUCAUGGCCAGCGAGGAGUCCAUCGGUGUCCACAAUCUUGCAGAGGAAAUAGAGAUUGGGCUCAGUGCUGAGGCUAGUGCUGAGGCCCCUCACACUCACUUGACUGGCAACGUCAGGAACUUUGACAUUGUGGUAAACAUCACAUCAGUAGAGGAUGCCCUGCUAGUAUUGGUGGAAUCCAGCACAGUGGUCCAGAUCACCUUGCACCUGGGCCUACAACCUGAGCCCAACAAGAACAGCAGCCUCCUCAACACCACCCUGCCCAGCAGCGGAUGGCAAGAGGAGGGUACCUACACAUGGGUGAUUCCUCCUGAGGAGCUGCAGCAUCAUGGCCCGGGCAACUACUACAUCUCUGCAGAGGUGGCUCCCCUCUCUCAGGGCCCCUGGAACCUCUCCAUUCACACCAUCAUCUCUGGAUGCUACUACUGGUCCAGCCAGCAUCAGGCCUGGAGAAGUGAUGGAUGUCGGGUGGGCUCCCAAAGCACCCUCCACAGCACCCAGUGCUUGUGCAACCACCUCACCUUCUUUGGGUGCGUCGCCUUGGUCCUGCCACACCUGAUUGACCUUCACAACACUGCAAAGCUCCUGAGCACCGUGGGCCAGAACCCUUCCGGUCUGGCCUUGCUAAGCAGCUUGUUGCUGGGCUAUGGAGCUGCCCUCGUUUGGACUCGAUGGAAACAGAGAACGGAUGUUAAAAAGGUGAAGGUCACAAUCCUAGCAGAUAAUGAGGCCACCGCCUGCUUCCCUUACCUGGUGCAAGUCUUUACAGGCUACCGCCGAGGGGCUGGGACCUCUGCUAAGGUUAUCCUGACCCUCUAUGGAGCAGAGGGCCGGAGUGAGCCACACCUGCUACAGCACCCCCAGGGGCCCUCCUUUGAGCGAGGCGGGCGGGAUGCCUUCCUCCUUGCCACUCAGAAGUCCCUGGGCAACCUCCAUGCCAUCCGCCUCUGGCACGACAACACUGGGCCCAACCCCAGCUGGUUUGUGAGGCGGCUGGUUGUCUGUGACCUGCCUGCCAAGAAGAAGUGGCAUUUCCUGUGUGACUCUUGGCUGGCAGCUGACCUGGAUGACGGCCAUGUGGAUAAAGUCUUUGCUGCUGCCUCCGAGAGGGAUCUCCUGUCCUUCAGGUACCAGUUCUGGUCAGGGCUGGUGGACAAAUUGACGCAGGAGCACCUGUGGCUGUCGGUGGUGACCUGCUCGCCCUGGAGCCCCUUCACCCGUGUGCAGAGGCUCUCCUGCUGCCUGGCCCUCCUCUGCUGCACCUUCCUCAUCAACAUCAUGUUUUGGAGAAAAGAGGCAGCGUCCAGAAGCCCUGAGGCUGGGCCUUUUAUGGUGACUUGGCACGAGCUGCUGGUGAGUGUGGAAACAGCCAUCUUCCUAAUGCCAGUGAGCCUACUCAUCAGCCACAUCUUCCAGCUGGUCCAGCCCCCAGCCCCAAAGCCUCCAGCUGCCAGCUCCGAACUCCUGCAGACUGUGAUGCCCCCCAAGCAGGUGAUGCCCAUCACACAAGUCAAGCAGGAGCUGGAGGAAACCCUGGGCUUCCUCUACAAGAACAGCCUCUGCCAGUGCAGAGCCAUGGACAAGUUCCCUGGGACUUGUGAGCAAGUACCGGAGCUUGUGGCUGCUCUGUGUGACCUCAUUGAGUCCCACCUCCAGCACCAGAAGGACCUGGAAGGUCCCCCUCAGGAGAGGCGCUUCAACCUCCACAGCUACCUGAGCCAUGUGCUAAAUGACUUGGGGACUCAGCUCUGCAGCCUGGAUUUGUGCAGCUUCCCUAACCCCUAUGACCAUCUGCAUGCAGUGGACCAACUACGAAGAGUCCAGCAGCACCUGAAGCAGCAGCAGGCCCAGCCCUGGCCCAGCACUGAGGGGCCUGGCAGGCCCACCGGGCCCAGGAGCGAGCUCAGCAGUUUCCCACUUGAAGACCAUGACAAGGAGAGGCCGCCGUUCUCCCACUGCCUCCCCGGGAGAUUCAGUUUCGCUUGCUGGCUCACAGUGGGGAGCAUCAGCCUGGUUUCGGCCUUCUUCACAGUGCUCUACAGCCUAGAAAUGAGCAGGGACGAGGCUGGGCACUGGGCCAUCAACAUCCUGCUCUCAGUGCUACAGAACAUCUUUGUAAUGCAGCCCCUGAAGGUGUUGGCUCUGACCUUCUUCUUCUCACUGCUGCACAAGAGGGAGUUGUGGAAGGACAAGGGGCAGGAGCAGCAGCUCUGGUGGGCCCUGGGCCUUGUCACAGCAAGGGGCCUACAACUGGAAGCUUAUGGGCGGAGAGACUGGGCAGACCCAGCUUACAGACCCCCUGCCCUACAGCCAAUGGUGCGGCCAAAGGAACGAGCCUUGAAAGACAAGAAGUUGUACUCCUUGAUCAGAGAGAUUGCAGUGCAGCUUGUGUUCCUGGCUGUGCUGAUGGUCCUCAGCUAUACUGAGAGAAGCCCCAAUGAGUUCUACUUUAACAACGCCCUCCAGAAGACCUUCACAUCCCACCUGGAAGACAUCCUUACCCCAGAGGAAUUGUACGGGUGGAUCAGGGUGAUUCUGCUGCCUGGCCUCCAUGGCGAUUCUGAAGGUUUGGCCAUGGAUGGAAACUCUUUCCUUGUGGGCAGCGUGCGGCUACGGCAGAUCCGAGCCCCGCCAAAGCCAGGGCCAGCUUUUCUCCCACUCCAAGAGGGAAGGCAGGGUCCCAUGGCCAGCUGGGGGCCUCCUGCUGCAGGUGGGAGAGGUCAGGCGAGUGCCUGGGUCUUCCAGAAUGAGAGCACCCUGCAAGAGUACCCCAUCUGGGGGAAGUUUGCUCUCUAUCCAGGAAGCGGCUACCUGGCAAACCUUGGCAGAAACAAAAGCUACGCCAAGAGAACCCUUCGCUAUCUGGAACGGAACAACUGGCUGGACAGAAGCACACGAGUCGUCUUCAUUGAGUUUGUUGUCUACAAUGCAAAUGUCAACCUCUUCUGUGCAGUCACGCUUAUCCUGGAGGCCAGUGGGAUGGCAAGAGCGUGUAGUAGAGACAAAGGGGGCCUAGCCCUGCAAUGGGCCUCUGAGGCAGGAUGGCUGUCCUGGGGCUGUUGGGGAGGGAGAUGGAGAAAAGGCAUUCCCUCUACCUGGGAGCCAGCCUUGCUUGCAGCCUCCGUGCUUGACCUUGUGCCUGUUUCUGUGACAGGGGCCUUGUUCAGCAAAUCGGAGCUGCAAAUUCUCCGCCUCUAUCCAGACCUCCAGCUCGUCCUCCAAUUUAUCUGUGCCCAGAUCACCUUUCUCCUGCUCAUACUAUAUUACAUCUUUGUGCAGGGCCGGCAGUUGAAGCAGCAGAAGUGGAAGUACUUCAGCAGCAAGAGAAACCUGCUGGAUGCCAGCACCAUCCUCAUAAGUAUGGCAGCUAUUGGCCUUUAUGUGAAGAGGCGCGUGCUGGCAGAAGGCAUCCUGAAGCAGCAUCGCCAAGACCGCAACAAGUUCAUCAGCUUCUAUGAGAUGGUGGAAGUUGACUCUGCUCUGACAUACCUCAUUGCUUUUCUGGUGGCCUUGACAACCAUCAAGCUGUGGAACCUCCUGCGCCUAAAUCCCAGAAUGUACCUCAUCACACAGACACUGCAGAAAGCCUGGGAUGAGGUCCUGGGCUUCCUGCUCACACUUCUGGUGCUACUUGUGGGUUACGCCAUUGUGUGCAACCUCAUGUUUGGAUGGAGCGUAGAUGACUACAAGACCUUCUUUAACUCAGCUGUGACCAUCGUAGGGCUUCUCAUUGGAAUCUUUAAUUAUGAAGAGGUCAUUGCUGUGGACCCCGUGUUUGGUGCUGUGCUGAUUGUAACCAGCGUCAUCUCCAUGGUGUUUGUGAUCAUCAACCUGUUUGUCUCUGCCCUUUUGACGACCUUCAGUCGGGAGAUGAAGGCUGCCAAGGCCAGCAAGGAGGAAUCCAUGUUGCAGCUGAUUCAACUGAAGAUUUCCACCUUGUUUGGAAUCAAGAAACAGCCACCCUUCCCAGGAGCUUCCCGAAAGGAGCCACAGGACUGAAGUGGCAUCAUCCCACCUCCCCAUUUGGACAGCUCUUUUCUAUUCUAAAAUGGGAAGGGUCACCAUUUUCCAAGUAUCACUAAUGUACAUGCUAUCUUUAAGAAUAUCAGAGGUCAGCUGGGCUGCCAAGAAAAUCUAUAGGGCUUUUCUCCCACUUUUAAGCUGCCCCUCCCGCUCUUCAGCUAAUUUACCAUGUGAUCUUGACUCAACAUUACCUCAUGCUACAUCCUACUUCCUUUAUCCUUGACACGCCUUUGAGUUGUUGGGACUAACCAAGGCAGAAAUCCCCUGCUGCUGCCCUGCAGGUUGAAGAGCAAAACCGAUCUUACUGGCUUCCAGCGCAAAGGCCGGUCAAGUCCCUAAACAGCAGGAGCCAGUUUCUUCUCUGCCCAAAGAGGCAGAGCAAAGGAGGGCUGUUCUUAUUUAUAGCCAAUCCCAAAUACUCAGUGGUGCACAUCAAUUAAGCCUUACAAAUCAAGUUAUUUUUCAUGUCGCUGAGGAACUCUUUACCUAUUGCAGGGCUUAACAUCUGAGGAGACAAACAGGGAAUUGUAGAUUACACUCCCUUACCCAGCCAGAUUUGAAUAACUUAUAUGACAAAGGUGGGUCUGUUGAGAUGCACAAAGGAUACACAGUUUCAUGGUGAACCAGAGGGAGGAGAUAGAAGGGUGGGUGGGGAAGAAGAGUGACUAUUGCCCCUCCCCACCCAGAGAGCUCAGUUUGCCCAAUGGGAGAGAUCAAAUCCAUGAAAGGAAUCCAAUCCUGCCUUUCCUUAAAGGCAGCCAACCUCCAAGAUGCAAGGAUCCUUAAGCAGCCCUUACCUUAAUCCAGAGGGGACCCUUCAGCCUGGCCCAAGCAGAAAGCACUCAUCCCCCUACUCCAACCUGUAAAGGUCAGCAUAAAUCCUACAAGGGCUAAUUUCUCAAGAAUGAUGGCUUGACAGUUCUAUCACAUCACGGCAGUGAAGGACAACUGCUUCAGCACCCAGGCACUUCCCCGUGCCCUGCAGGACAGGUGGCCUACUCUUCUGAAGAUGCCACUGCUGCCACCACCCACAAUGUCUUGUGGGAAGCAAGUCUAAAGGGAGCCUCAUAAAUUCGCCUGUGGGUGGUGGUUGUGGGCUGGACUGCAGAUCCUCAGGUGUGUGAUCCAAACUGAUAGGACUUGUUCCAAAAUAUAACUGCGAAGCCAAAGUAAAGGCAACACAUUUGCAUGCUCCUUUUUGCCAAUAUUUCCUUCCCUCAAUAAAUAGUUUGACUGGAAGUGUGACUGUCAGUCUGAAGGAACAGCCAUGA